UGACAAGUCCACAACAAUAUACAACUACACAGCUCAAGUCAAGUCAACACUAUUCAAGACUUGACUUCACACAACUCGCCAACAACAACAAACAACCACCCUCAUCGUAACCACAACAACACCUUUCCCAACGCAUAACAACGCCACCCCCCUCUUCCCCCACCCUCACCCCCAUCGAUCCACCACAAUGGACGACACAAACACCACCACCGGCACCAACACCAACGUCGGUCCCCUCCCACCCACCACCGCCCCUCGCAACCCUCCCUCCUCCGACACCGCCCCUCCCGCCUCUGAGUCGACCCGCACCCCCGUCGCCCCCGUCUCCGGCGGCGCCCGCACCUCCACCGCCGCCGCUCCCGCCUCCGAGUCUACCGGCAAGACGGGCACUGAUCCGGCCCAGUCUAUGUCAAAGAUGGGCACCGGAGCAAGGGAUACGAGCGAUAGCAAGCUGAUUGACGACAGCACCAAGCUCUUUCCCUCGGUCGGCGGGACCAUGAGUAGUGGUGAAGGAGAGGCACAGAACAUGUUUAGGAGUGAGAGGAGCGCGAGUACUAGUUCGACUAGUAGCACUGUCAGUGGGAGUGAUCGGUUGAUGGGGUCGGCGAGCACGGUUACUGAGUUUCCGCAUGCUAGACGGGCAUCCCACCAUGGACUCUUCGAGGGCUUGAUUGACCAGAAGAGAAGGAACGACCCGGCUAGUGUUGCGAGACGGCAGAGUUUGAGUGAGCAGAGGCCGUCGGGUGGUGGGUUCAUUGCUAAGAUGUGGGAUAACUGGGUACGCGGCGCCCCCCCUGACAUCUAAACGACUUGCAUCUUUCCGUCUCGCCAGCUCAUCGGAAGAUAUUGGAUACAGUCGCAAUUGUAUAAGGGCAGGCACGAUGGAGGGGAUGGAUGUAAUUGGCAUUAAUGAUUG